UAAGAUGCUCAUAGAAUAUAUUAAGAUUUCCUCAGUUGCUACAAGAAGACUAGCAGUGUAUCUACAAUUCCUGUUCUGUGUAAUAGAAGUGUAUCCUCAUUAAAUAUGGCAUUAGUAUAUGAAGUGUAUGUUCCUCAGACCACAGCGCCAGAUGAUUCCUUAUAAGUUGAAAUGAAGGUUUCUCUUUUCACAUUCUCAUUCAGUCUGGGAACUCUCUUGGUGUGUGGUCAUGUGGGAACAAUGUGUCUACAUAUUGCAUUGUAUAGAUUAGCUAUGAGAGUAAUAUAUGAAAUGAAUGUAAUAUCUUUAAAGAUGUCAUGAUACCAGGUAGGAUUUGACAGACCCACCCAUUGUGUCCUCUGUAACCCUGUUGCACUAACACACUAAACCUGAGUUGUGGGGCAUACAAUAAACUAGCUCAAUGUAAAAGUAAGCAGUUUAAUUUCCUCUUUAAAAAUUGUGGAUUAUUAUAAUAGUCUUUGUUUUAGUCAAUUCUUUGUAAGAUUCCCUUUGAAAGCCUGUUGCAGUUACGUAAUUACGAUAACAUAACCACAUAAAAUAUUACCUUAUCUGUACUUAGUUCUGGGUAGCUCCUGGCCCAGUGAAGUUUCGGAUUUUCUGUAUAGAAAGCUAUACAACAAUCUGUUUCUUAAUGAAAUGCAAUUUUCUUUAUAGUAAAUCAAUUUUUCUUGGUAAAACGAUCAGUUCCCGAAUAGCAGACUGCACCAUGUUUUUCAUUGUAACGUUAAUCACGUCUAGUAAAUGGUUUUUAUGAUUUCAUCCUUAAUCUACACCGCCAUCGCCUUAUCAUUCACCUAUCAGUUAUCACUUAACUCGCCUCAUAUUCGUCCAUCACUGUUCGAUGAUUACUAUUAGAUACAAAAGCAAUAAAAGCAUUUAAAAAAUAAACAAGGAAACAAUAUUUUUGCAGUAUAUUCCAAAUGUCCCUGUCUGCACUAUACCUAAGAUAUAUACAAGUAAUUUGGAUUAUAGUAACUGUUAUAUUCUUAUGAAGAUAUGACCUUCAUUUAAUGAUAGCGUCUGCUGAGGUAUAAUAAUGCUCCUUUGUAAAUAUAUUUAUAGUUUAAGUAAUUUAAGCAGUAUACAGCAUUUCCGGACGUGAUUGUAUAGUAUAGGAUUUGCAGAGCAUGAGGGCGUUGAGAGGCUGGUUUAUCCUCAGUAGUAACUUCCUUCGGAGGAAAUGACGUUGGCAAACAAGGCUAGUUAUCAGUAGUUGACAUUGAUAAGAGUGUAGUGACGUUAUGUGUAACUUAUUUCUGUGAGGAUGUUACUCUUCUGCAAGACUGUCUCACUGUAACCCAGGAAUACACUCUUGCAAGGCUGUGUAACCUAGUGGAUACUUUUGCGAAAGCUCCCUCAGUGUAACCCAAGGAAUACUUUCCUGCAAGACUGCAUCAGUGUAACCCAAGAAGGAAAACACGAGGCGGCUAUAAAGAAGUCUGUCCAGGAGUAUGCAAGGAAGAGGUGUGGGAGUGGUAACAUCUAUCAGUGCAGCAGUCUUGAAGUACCAGUGUACUAACAUCCCUUGGUAACUCCCUGAUAGGAUCUCAAGUGAAACUCCAACAGCCUGUAACAGCACUUGAAAGUGUCAAACAUGAGGCUGGAUGAGAAUCAUGUGGCAAGUGAUGGCCAGGAACCAGUGGAGUCUUACCCGGCGAUGGCCAAUGGUGAAUCCAGCACUCGGGUACAAGGCUCCAGUGCUCCCUACGCUGAUUUCUCCUCCACAGCCAGGAAUGGACGAGACAGAUUUGAGAAUUAUGAAAGCGACGACCUCAAUCAUGAAGCCAAUUAUACAACGUUCAGACCCAGUUUGUGCCCCCUGGAGGAGCAACAUCAAGGAAGGGCGGUACUCAAUACUGUCAUACAACUCCCCGUCGAUGCCGUCUUCAAUUAUCUUUUUCUUCACAAGGAGUUCAUGGGUGAUGUCCUCGCUGCCAGGAAGGUCUCUGAUAUAGUAACGACUCCUUGGGAGGAAGGAGAAGAUGGCAGGAGAGCUCGCAUGAUGACCUAUACUAUGUCUCUGUCUAUCUCGAGCCUCGCCUCUAAGGCCUCCAGUGUUACUGAAAGACAGGUAGUGCAGGAGAGCCGGGCAGGGGCCAUGUACGUAGUGGAGACUGAGGCAAUGAACGCUGGUGUUCCCUACGCUGACGCCUUCACUGUGUACAACCACUACUGCCUGUCCAGGGACACAAGAGGCACCACUACCCUCACCGUCUGGUCGAAUGUCAAAUAUAAGAAGGCGGUCUGGGGUUUGGUCAAAGGUAUGCUGGAGAAGAACACGUACAACGGCAUGGAGGCUCUCAUGGCGGAGUUGCUGUCACGACUGGAGGCUGAAGCGGAGAAAGUCGGCGCCCCUACGGGUCGAGUGCGUCGUCGAGCACAUGUUCCCCGCGAUAAGAACAGAGCCCACUCUUCCAGCCAAAAUAUGCACAGCCCUAAAAUGGAAACAGUCUCGCCUCCCCUGCUGAAGCGAGGUGGGUUCUGGAUAGGUCUGGUAAUGGUGGCGUUGUUGCUGCUGCUGAUUGCCAACUAUGUCCUCUACAACAAACUCUCACGUCUGGAGCGCCUGACCGGCCUCAAAUCUUCUCAACCUGGUGCAUCUUCACACAGCUCCCUUGGCGAGUCUGCGGCCUGGGAGACAGUUGAGAAGAUGGUGAGCAGACAGGAACAGCUUCAGAACCACCAGCAACAUAUCUGGAAGAACCAAAUAGAACACGUUUCGCUCAAACUACAGGAGGUCCAAGCUUCGCUGGAGGAACUGCUGAUGAUGGUACCAGAACACCAGAAAAAUCUUAAACACGUUCUUCAGUAUAAGUGGAUGAAAGUUGAAAACACACUCGAGGAGCAGAGCAGCAACGUCAAGGAGUUAGAGAUCGAGUAGACCCUUCAGCGGUAGAAUACCCACGUCAUGGGGUUGGAGGAUGCUGUAUAGUCCUUGUGGCUUAGCGCUUCUUUUUGAUUAUAAUAAUAAUAAUAAUGGGGUUGGAGGUUGUUUGUAUCCAAAUCAAGGGCAACUUUCAACUCUACAGCAGCCACGUUGAGAGACUGGAGGUUGUGCUCUAUCUCCAGAUAGGGUAGAAGAUUCAACAGUAGAAAAGUUGGGAUAUUGUCCUUGAACUUCAGAUCGAGUAGAAUCUUCGGCAGUGGAGUAGCCACGCUGAAGAGUUGUAGCCCGUUGUACUUAAAGUAACGCAGCUAACGUUGAGAGUUGAGCUGCUACAAUACAAUUCCAUGUCCUUGUCUCAAACAUAAUGAUUAAUGUGUAAAACCAGACACGUGCAACGUUAGAGAACUUUAACUUCGAUAAGUUUCGUUUACCAGGUGCUUUAUCAAUCUAGUACAGAGUAAGGAAAAACAUGGGCAUAUAUAGUACGUGGUAUGGAGGACGGGUAUAGUGUAAGCGACCUGACUAAAGAUAGUUCAUCUGACAGCCGUGUCUUGACGGUCCAAGAUCAAUUUGGUUAAAAUGUUGAUGUUAAAACUCCAACACUGAUAAUUGAUUAUUCAGAACACAGAGUAUUGUGUACAUCCUCUUUGAAUCAUUAAAUGGUCUUUGCUAUUCCUAGGUUUAAUACAAGCAUUGUUGACAUGACCAGUAAGGCCAGGCAUAUUUACGUUCAUUUACAGACACGUCUAAAUCCAUGGCCUUCCUUCCCACGUCAACGUUAUCGCGGCCUCUACAUGGUAUUACAUACAGCCUCUACACGGGAUUACAUACACAGACCCUUCAGUAAUGACAUGGCUCAGAUUUCUUACUGGCGAUAUCCUUGAUUGUGCAGUUGAUGAUAAUAACUACUCAGGCCACAAUUCAUAAAGACGUUACUCCUUAAAGGAAACAAUAGAUUAGAAAGCAAUAUAUAAAUACAAUAUAUCUGUGACGUGUAAAUAUAUUAAUCUUUCAGAUUGCAGCCUGUGUUGUUGAGGUAUUUAAUCUAGUCGAAAUUGAAUUGCAGUAAUAUUUUGCAGGGAACAUCAUUGAUUACUCACUUCAACUUGAUAAACUAUGAUCUGAAAAUAAUAUAUAUCUGUGAAGAUUA